UCAUAUCCUCCUAGCGCUCUUCGCUUCCUGCCUGGCGGAGGGAGGGGUCGGUGCUGACGGCUGGGAGGACGAGCUGAACGUUAAGAAAGCCUUGGGAAAGCGAUAAGAAACGAGGGGAAAGGGCCCGAGGUUUUUACCUUCCAUCGGGAAAACUUGACUCUGAUUAGCACCCAAAGCAAGUGCAAUGUCGUCCAGUCGUCAGCUUAGUGAGAGCAGGGCCAUCCCGACCAGGACGGUGCUGAUCAACGAGUCAACGCAGCUACCUCACGAUUAUUGCACCACUCCCGGAGGCACUUUAUUCUCCACCACCCCGGGAGGAACCAGAAUAAUCUAUGAUCGCAAGUUCCUGUUAGACCGGCGUAACUCACCCAUCGCCCAGACCCCACCAGCACACCUGCCGGUUAUCCCAGGAGUGACAAGCAAGGACGUCCUGAAUGAAAACAAGAGGAAUAAGGCUAACAACAUCAACAACCGCGAUGCGAAGCCAGGGCAAGGUGAAGAUGCUCAGUUUGAGAUGGACAUCUAAAGAAGAGGAACCAACGUGAAGAAUUAUUAAUUACCUGGUACCUGUGUGCCAGUGGCUUGGCUUGUAGAAACCAAUGUUGUGAGCCCUCUCCUUUAGUUCUCUCUAGCUGCUGGGUGCUGCGUAAUCAUGGGGAUAAAAGACAAAGUUUGCCCAGUGGGGCUGCUGGAGCCCUGAAAGUUAACCUGGGAGCCUGUUGAGCUCUUUUUGUUUAGGUUUCAGGGCAGCCAUCAGCUGUACUUGCUUAAGUCACAGAGCAAGGGAAAAAUUCUGUAUUGUAAGUGCCCGGAUAUGUUACCAAUUUACCGUAAUAAACAAAUCAGCCAUCAGAGAUUCACUGCUGAUAGAUCAGAGUACACUGUUCCAGUUGAUACCCUUAAUGCAGUCUGCUUGGUUCACAUGUAAACUGAGUUGCACUCAAGUCAGGAAAUGCAGUUAUCUGCAUGUACAUGUCCUCCCAAAUGUAAGAUUUAGAUUAAGAUCUUUUUUUUUUUUUUCAUCCAAAACAAUUACUGGAUCUCUUUUUUUCUAGUUUUAUUUAAAAGGGACAGCAGGAUUGUCAUCAUAAUUUUGAUUUAAAAAAAAUGAAAGGAUUCCGUAUUCAUUCCAAGUCUUUUAUAUCAGUUAAAACAGUUGACUUUUUUUCUAGAUUUUUAUUUUCAGGUAUUUGUUCAGCUCAGAAAAGUUUUAUAGAAUUGUCCAAAAACAGACCACAGACCUUAAUUACUCCAUUAAAUUUAUAUAGGAUUACAAUGCCAAACAAAUUUUACAGUUUUAUUUAGAACUACCCCAGAAUAAGCAUUUCAGUCAGUAGUCUUCUAAUUUACUUUCGCCCUUUUAGCUGGUUAAUUUUAAGUAAUAACAUCUGAUCGCAAUUUUGAAAGACCAAACUGUUACUUUAGGUCAGAGAGAAUGUUUCUGUUCUGCUAACAGUAUGAUUUGUACCUACCUUUGCAUGGCGAGACACUUGAAAUGUCAACAUCAGCUCUUAAUUCACAUCGUCUAGUUAAAGGUAGACAAUACCAAGUACCGUUGAACUGAUCAAGUGUUUAAUAUACUUUAUGAAACGAUGACAAAAAGAGAGCUGGUCUCAGGAAGCACUUGCAUUAUGUACCUCACAAGUACACAUCUUAUGGCUCCGUUCCUGGGAGAAAUAGCACGGUGAAUAUUUAACAUUAAUAUCAGCUGUGACAUCUACUGUCACUUUCCGAUUACUACAAUCCUUACGAACCUUGAUAAUCAAAUCAAAGGUAGGAAAGCAUUGAAGUGUUGUUUUGGUCAUUUUACUAUUGUCUGUCUCACAGCCACACAAUGUGAACGAUCCUUUGAAAGAUGGAUAGUUUUGUAGUGACCAGACAUUCAUAUUUUGAUUCAGAUCAAACAUCUUGAAAACUUGAAUUCAAUCUUUCCAAUGCUCUUCUAUGCAUGGUCUUUUGGUCGGCUUUUUAGUCUUUAGUUCACAGAUCAUUUAUAUGUCGUUGAGUUUUUUUGGGAUGCCAAAUCUUGUGGAAAAUGAGAAGGUUUGAUUAAUAUUGAAAUAGAAUUAAGCAAAGAGAUUAUCCAAACAAAGUGACUUAAAGAGGAUAAGACUUAUUCUCAUGACUUUAAUUGUCUCGUUCUGUGCUCUGGUCAUUCUCUGAAGCACAUAAUUUUUCUCUCUCUCUCUCUCUCUCUAGCUCUUGCUCUCUCUCUCUCUCUCUCUCUCUCUCUCUAG